GUUCUCCCUGUAACUGCGGGCCGGGGGCGCGCACGCCGCAGACGGGGGCGCGCACGCUAGAUUUUACAGGGGUAAGGCGCGUGCCCGCGGCCGAGGCUGAGGCUUUUUCUACUGCCCCGUAGUGGCUGCAGAGCUUAGUACAGCAGGAAAGAAGGACAAGUUAAAAUGUCUCCUGAAGUUGCUUUGAACAGAAUUUCACCGGCACUCUCUCCUUUCAUUUCCAAUGUGGUCAGAAAUGGAAAAGUAGGAUUGGAUGCUACUAACUGUCUAAGAAUUACAGACCUGAAAUCAGGCUGUACCUCUUUGACGCCUGGACCCAGCUGUGAUCGGUUUAAGUUGCAUAUCCCAUAUGCUGGAGAAACACUCAAAUGGGAUAUAAUUUUCAAUGCCCACUACCCAGAGCUGCCACCAGAUUUUAUCUUUGGAGAGGAUGCUGAAUUCCUGCCAGAUCCCUCUGCCUUGCAUAAUUUAGCCUCCUGGAAUCCCUCAAAUCCUGAAUGUCUCCUGCUUGUUGUGAAAGAGCUCGUCCAGCAGUAUCACCAAUUCCAAUGCAGCCGAUUACGGGAGAGCUCUCGCCUCAUGUUUGAAUACCAGACUUUACUUGAGGAACCCCACUAUGGAGAGAACAUGGAAAUUUAUGCUGGCAAAAAAAACAACUGGACUGGUGAAUUCUCAGCUCGCUUCCUUUUGAAGUUACCUGUGGAUUUCAGCAAUAUUCCCACAUACCUUCUCAAGGAUGUGAAUGAAGAUCCAGGAGAGGAUGUUGCUCUUCUCUCAGUCAGUUUUGAGGAUACAGAAGCUGCUCAGGUUUUCCCCAAGCUAUAUCUGUCCCCACGUAUUGAACAUGCUCUUGGAGGCUCCUCUGCCCUUCACAUCCCAGCCUUUCCAGGUGGAGGCUGUCUCAUUGACUAUGUACCACAGGUGUGCCAGCUGUUGACUAACAAGGUACAAUAUGUUAUUCAGGGAUACCAUAAGAGAAGGGAGUAUAUUGCCGCUUUCCUGAGUCACUUUGGAACUGGUGUGGUGGAAUAUGAUGCAGAGGGCUUCACAAAGCUCACACUGUUACUGAUGUGGAAAGAUUUUUGCUUCCUUGUUCACAUUGACCUACCUCUGUACUUUCCUCGAGACCAGCCAACUCUAACAUUUCAAUCAGUCUAUCACUUCACUAACAGUGGACAGCUGUAUUCCCAGGCCCAGAAAAACUACCCUUACAGCCCACGCUGGGAUGGCAAUGAGAUGGCCAAGAGAGCAAAAACAAGUUGCAGCAGGAACAGAAAAAUACAAAGGGCUUAUUUCAAAACGUUUGUCCCUCAGUUCCAAGAGGCAGCUUUUGCCAAUGGAAAGCUGUAGGAAACACCAGGUCUGGAGAAGAUGCCAGACAGAUUAUUAUAUCCACAUGCAUGUCAGCCCCAAGAGGACUUCCUGGAAGUGGGUUGGAAUCUCUUUUUUUGAUACUUUUUGCCUCUGGAAUAGCUUUGAUCUCCACAGACUUCAUUAACUCUAUAAAACAAGGACCUCAGCUGGCUAAUUCUAAACUGAAUAUUUGAUUCUCCUUCUCCAAUCCUCUCAUACCACUAUCAUUUCCUUUUAUAGCCACUGGAUUAAAUUAAAACCUUAGUGUUUAGAUGUGAUACCAUUUCCCUGUGACAACAAUGUUUAAUGCGAUGCCUUGUUUCAGAAAUGCUUGUCUUUCAGGUGUUGUUAAGACAUGAUUGUUUUCAUACCAGUAUUCUGUUGUUCUGAACCUUUGUAUAUUUUCAGCAUAUCCUAAUAAUAUAUAAAGCUGCCAUAAUUA